AUGCACGUGGAGGAGUUCACAAGCUAUGCCAUCCACAAGCUGGAAGAGCCUGUUCGCUGCUCGCUGCUCACUGCUGCGGAGAAAGCUGUGAAGGAAAAACAGAAGUGGGAGGGGAACAGGAUCAACACCUUCACGUCCUUCGUGUUCCCCAUGGUGGUCAUCUCCGUCCUCAACACUGUCAUCGCCAACAAGCUGACCGUCAUGGUGCGCCAGGCCGCCGAGCAGGGCCGAGUGUGUGCCGCAGGGGCCCAGCCCAGCACCUUCAGCAUGAGCAUGGAGCCCGGCAGGAUCCAGGCCCUGAGGCACGGCGUCCGGGUCUUGAGGGCCGUGGUCAUUGCCUUUGUGGUCUGCUGGCUGCCCUACCACGUGCGGCGCCUCAUGUUCUGUUACGUCUCCGAUGAGCAGUGGACCCCCUUCCUCUACGACUUCUACCAUUACUUCUACAUGCUGACCAACGCGCUUUUCUACGUCAGCUCCACCAUCAACCCCAUCCUAUACAACCUCGUCUCCGCCAACUUCCGCCAGGUCUUCUUGUCCACACUGACCUGCCUCUGCCCCGUGUGGCGACGCAGGAGGAAGAGGCCGGCGCUCUCCAGGAAGCCCAACAGCGUGUCCAGCAACCACGCUUUCUCCAGCAGCGCCACCCGGGAGACGCUGUACUAG